CAGAAGUAGCACUAAAAAUCCCAACAGUGCGAAAAACAUUGAAACAAUUGAAAGUUUGAUCAUGGCAUCAACCCAUGAGCCUCUGCUGGACAAACCCAAAACCUCCAAAAGAAAAUUUCUUCUGCUAAUUUUCUCCAUAGCUACUCUCAUUUGCUUAACCACUCUAUAUACCACACAUUCAGUCCACCUCAACUACUUAAAUCCUCCUCCUCUGCACCAAAUUUGUGCCAAAGCGCACGAUCAGGCCUCAUGCUUAGCUAUGGUCUCAGAAAUAGCCUCAACCACUGCCAUGAAAAUGAAUGGUGUUGAUCUUUUGGAGUUCUUCCUUAAAAAAUCGACAUUAAACAUUAAAGAUACUAUCAAAAUGGCAAUUGAUGUCAACCAUCGGAUCAACAAACCCAGAGAACAAGCGGGGUUGAUUGAUUGUGUGGAGUUGAUGGAGUCAUCCAUUGACAGAAUCACGGACUCUAUCUCAGCUCUUAAAGCAAGAAAGUUUAAUUCCGAUGCAGAUGCUCAUGCAUGGCUAAGUACCGUUCUCACCAACCAUGUCACAUGUUUGGAUGGCCUUGAGGGUUCAGCUCGAACCUCCAUGGAGCCAAUGCUAAGUGACUUAACAACAAGAGCAAGAAACUCUUUAGCCAUUUUUGUCAAAAUUUCACCUUCAAAUACCGAAGUUAUCCACCCAAUAAGCCAGAAAUUUCCAUCGUGGGUCACUGGAAGGGACCGGAUGCUUUUACCGGCUCUUCCUAAUGAAGUAAAAGCUAAUGUUGUGGUGGCUAAGGAUGGGAGUGGAAACUACAAGACUUUGACAGAGGCCGUGGCUGCAGCACCAGAUAAAAGCAAGAGUAGGUAUGUUAUUCAUGUGAAGGAAGGGACAUACAAAGAAAACGUUGAGGUGGGAAAGAAUAAAAAAAACAUUAUGAUUGUUGGAGACGGAAUGAAUUUGACGAUCAUAACAGGUCGCCGCAAUGUGGUUGACAAUUAUACAACCUUCAAUUCGGCAACUGUUGCUGCCGUUGGGGAUGGAUUUAUAGCCCAAGACAUCUGGUUUCAAAACACAGCCGGGCCACAAAAACAUCAAGCGGUGGCACUCCGUGUGGGUGCUGAUCAAUCUGUCAUCAAUCGUUGCCGUAUUGAUGCUUACCAAGAUACUCUUUACGCCCAUUCAAACCGCCAAUUUUACAGGGAUUGCUAUAUCACUGGCACCGUAGACUUCAUAUUCGGUAAUGCAGCUGUUGUGCUCCAAAACUGUAAACUUGUACCAAGAAAGCCCAUGAGUAAUCAAGCCAACAUGGUGACGGCCCAAGGACGGACUGACCCACACCAAACCACUGGGACUUCCAUCCAAAAAUGUGAAAUUAUCGCAAGCUCUGAUCUUGAGCCCGUUAAGGGCUCGAUCCACUCAUAUUUGGGCCGUCCAUGGCAUGCGUAUUCAAGAACAGUUGUUAUGCAGUCUUAUAUUGGUGACCUGAUUGCUCCAGCUGGAUGGUCAGAAUGGGACGGAAAUAAAUAUUUGGACACAUUGUACUAUGGGGAAUACUCCAACAGAGGACCGGGUGCUGGGACGAGCAAGAGAGUGAAAUGGGCUGGUUAUCAUGUUAUUACCAACCGAACGGAGGCCGAAAAAUUUACAGUAGCGGAGCUGAUUGGAGGAGGGGCAUGGCUGAAAUCUACUGGAGUUUCCUAUACAGAGGGCCUGUGAAGUGUAUCACAGUGUCACCUACUGUUUGCUACUAUUUAAUAUGAAUAAAAUCUUGAGUGUUGAACACAAUAAUUCCUCUUAUACUUUGUAAUGCUUUAGGUUUAUAAUACAGUAUAUCUAUUUAAAA